CUCUUUGCUGAAGCUACGUUAGCGAGGUAGCUCGUAGGACCAACGUCACAUCGUUUAGUUAGUUAUACAUAGAGAUGAUUUAAACUUGGAUUAGUUUCAGCAUCCUGUUGGUGUAUGUGAACAUGAGUGUCGCAGGGAAAACGUGGCCUGCGUCCUGCCUGCAGUCCGUGUUGUUGACAUAGCUCUCUGCACUCGUUAGCAUCAUCCACCGCUCCCACUACCGACCAGCAGCGAUGUACAAGGAGGGGGACGAGGUGCAGGACGACUGCGGCUCCCGGGAGGAGUGGACGCUCCUGUUCUGGACCUCUCUGGCCGUGAUCGUCCCGGUCAUCAUCACGCUGUGGUGCAGCGCGCAGCGCUCCAAGCGGAAAACGCACAUGAAGGACUUCUUUCGCAAGAGCAAGCACGGCUGGCACUACACAGACCUGUUCAACAAGCCCACCUACUGCUGUGUGUGUUCCCAGCAUAUCCUGCAAGGGGCUUUCUGCGACUGCUGCGGCGUGUGCGCCGACGAGCAGUGCCUUCGCCGGGCCGACCGGAGCCUGCCGUGCAAGGAGAUUAUGGCCCCUUCCCGGCCUGAUGGAGCCAUGGAGCACCGCUGGGUCCGGGGAAAUGUCCCCCUCGCCAGCUACUGUGCAAUGUGCAAACAGCAGUGUGGGACGCAGCCGAAGCUCUGCGACUUCAGGUGUGUGUGGUGUCAGACCACAGUCCACGACGACUGCAUGGACAGCCUGGCAGAUUCAGACCAUUGUGACCUGGGCGAGUUCCACAGCCUCAUCAUCCCUCCUCACUACCUCUACUGCGUCAACAAGCUCCGCAGGAGACACCCUGACGAGUACAGCAAGCUGGCGUCUUCCUGCGGCAGUGGCUGGACUCCAGUGUUGGUCCUGGCUAACACACGUAGCGGUAACAACAUGGGGGAGGCUCUGCUGGGAGAGUUUCGCACCCUGCUCAACCCUGUGCAGGUGUUUGACUUGUCGGAGCUGGCUCCCUCCAAAGCCCUCCAGCUGUGCACCCUCCUUCCCCCUGGUAGCGUCCGGGUGCUUGUGUGUGGGGGUGAUGGCACAGUGGGCUGGGUGCUGGAUGCCAUCGACACUAUGAAGCUGAAGGGCCAAGACCAGUUUAUCCCAAGGGUGACCAUCCUGCCCCUGGGCACAGGAAAUGACCUUUCCAACACUUUGGGCUGGGGUGCCGGGUAUGCUGGAGAGAUCCCUGUGGAACAGGUUCUCCGCAACAUCCUCGAUGCGGAGGUGGUCAAAAUGGACAGAUGGAAAGUGCAGGUAGCUUCAAAAGGCCUCUACUUUCGUAAACCAAAGGUUCUGUCCAUGAACAACUACUUUUCUGUGGGGCCCGAUGCUCUGAUGGCGCUCAACUUCCACACACAUCGCGAGAAAACGCCCUCCUUCUUCUCCAGCCGCAUCAUCAACAAGGCUGUAUAUUUCCUGUAUGGCACCAAAGAUUGUUUAGUACAGGAAUGUAAGGAUCUGGAUAAGAGGAUUGAGCUGGAGCUAGAUGGGGAGAGGGUGGCACUGCCCAGUCUGGAGGGCAUCAUAGUUUGUAACAUUGGCUACUGGGGCGGAGGCUGCAGACUCUGGGAGGGUAUGGGAGAUGAACCCUGCCCCCCCACACGGUUGGAUGAUGGUCUGCUGGAGGUGGUGGGUGUCUUCGGCUCCUUCCACUGUGCUCAGAUCCAGGUCAAGCUGGCCAACCCUGUACGACUGGGACAGGCCCACACUGUCAGGCUGGUUCUUAAGAGCUCCAAGAUGCCCAUGCAGGUGGACGGAGAGCCGUGGGCUCAGGGCCCCUGCACCAUCACCAUCACCCAUAAGACCCAGGCCUUCAUGCUGUACCACAGCGCCGAGCAGACGGAUGACGACGACGACGACGAAUCCAGCGCCUCUGAGACAGAGAGCCCCACCCCUCACGAUUCACCCAGGCCCCCAGGGCCAGCAUCCGCUCGUGCAUGACCCACCCCAAACAUCAUGUGAUCUGAAGCUCCUCUCACCUUAGUUUAUGCCCUUUCUUUGGCCCAGCUUCUAUUAAUCUAUCAUCGUAAUGGCUCAUAUUAUUGGGCGCUUAGUCGUCAUCCUCUAAGAUCUUUGAACACACUUAAUUCUCAGAUCAUGUUGAUGAGAAGAGAUGUUAUAAUUUUCCUGUGUAAUCACUUCCUGUCUUUUUCAGAGAGCUCACAGGAGUUAGAAAGGUUAGUUCGGUUCUUUAUCUUCACACUCCUCCAUAUAUAUUGUAAGCCAGAGCUCAGGCAACUCAGAAAGGAGGAGAUGAAUGUUUUGGAGAAAGAUUGCUGUUUAUUUGCACUGAUCCCUUGUGCCAUAGAUAUAUAUAGUCGACUAUACUGUAUUGAUUAUAAUGUAUUUUACAAACAAAUGCCCAGUGCAGGCCUGUAGGUAUCAGUGAGCCAUUUUAAUAGGAUUACCAAGUUGCUGAUCAAACCCCCUCAAAGCCAUGUCUAAAUCAACAGCAGGCCAUGAAGUUGUAUCACAGGAGGGAAUACUACUGUCAUAUGGAGGUUUGCCUGAAGGUACAUGAAAGCUUUAUUUCCUGUAAGUCUUUUUUUUUUUUUUUUUAUUCCACAAAGAACAAAAUCAGAAUAGGACUACAGUGGAUGGUGGGUGAAACAGGAUAUAUUAAUUCCCCUUUCAGGUUCUUCAUCACAAUGUUGAUAGUUUUUUUAGUGUCUCCUGCAUUUGUCACCUAAGAUAAGGCUUUGAAAUGUGUUUGUAGGGCAAAAAGUCUCUGAACCUCUACUCUGUUACAACUGCAAUGUGUUCUUAAUCACUGGACGUUGAUGUUUGUUUACAUCAUGAUGCACUGUCUCAAGUAGCUUGCCAAACUGCUGGUUUGUACAAUAAUAUAUGAAACUAUAUUUAACUUUCCUGUAAGAGCUACAGGAAACAGUCUGACUUGAGGUUUUGAAAGUAUGGCCAAGUAACUUGUUUGGAUGAUCCAUUUUGCCUUCAUGUUAACCCUUUUUUUCGUCUUCUUUACACACCUCCUCUUUACAUUUUUUAUGUUGCACUGUUUUGGCACUUAGUGGUAAUGUUGAUAGUGAUAACUGCUGGUGAGAUUAUACUGUCCCAUGUACUGUAGCUAUUUUAUGUUAUUCAAGCUGUCCUCUUGCAUCUUGUCAUUUGUGUUUUACCAAUCUGUCCUUGUUCAUGCACUCCUCAAUACUCACCACAAGGUGGCGGACUCAAGGCAGUAUUUUUCAUAGAUGGGUAAAGAAGAGUUGGUCUUGUACUUAAACCUCUACAGUUCAAUAUUAAUACCAUCAGAGUAACUUGCAUGCACUUUCUGUGUAGUUGUCAGGUGGUUUUAUUGAUUAGUCUUUCCUGUACUCUACAUAAUGUGUGCAAGAGGUCAUUUUUGGUUCUUUCUGUAAAAUAGCCUACCUGUAGGGAGAAUUAAUUUUGCCAUUUUAGGUGAUCCUGUUUGUUGCAGAAUGGUUGCCUGUUGCUCACAGCCAUAACAGAAAAGUCUGUAGAAUAGAAAAGCUGAACAGGGAUCAGUUAAUAGCCGCGUAAUGCCUAUGCUUUUGCAAUAUACACCCCCUUGGCAGGUAACCAAGGCUAUUGGUUUCAUUACCCCAUUUGUUCGGUGAAUGUCUUCAUGCUCAAGGGCACCUAUUUGACCUUUUACCUUAUCAUCCAUGUUUACCAGAGUUGUGCGUGUUGUUACACUGAAUUUACUUGUAACGUAACUGGGUUUAUUGGCAGGUUUUUAGCCACAUCAGCAGCAUGGCUCUAGUUCAACACACUGUUUUAGAGUUCAGUAUCUCGACAAAUGUUGAAUGGAUUGUGAUGCAAUUUGGUACAGUUAUUCAUGGUCCCCCGAGAAUGAAUCUUAAUGAUUCUGUUGAUCCUCUGAGUAUUUAUUUAGCACCACCAAUAGGUAAAAAUUGUGGUUGUCAAACACUUCAGUGCUUGGCGGGAUACAGCACAAGAUGUGCCAACUGUAUGCAUGACAGCAUAAUGCUAACAUGCUAGCUUUCAGCACAAAUCAGAGUUGGUCCUAAAUUCAGCUGUGGUCUGCAAAAUACAGAUAAAAUAUAUUUUUUUGAAAUAAAAUCCAGCUGCCUCGCAAGGUGACUGUGACUGUGCUGGAUGUGUAAAUAUGCUUUUGUUUGCUAACAUAUUCAGCAUAGCUACUUUAUGAGGCCAUAAUUCAUCAAAUGUAUAUUAUUGUGACUUAUGCAGCUUUGACGUGAUAAAAGUUGACAAUGUGGAGCCAAGCCCAGCUGAGUGCAAUAUGUCCCAGACAACGCCAAUUGUACAACAACAUGGCCUGUUUUCUGGCACCACCCUUAAAAUGUUUUGCCCAAGUAGUGGUAAGGCUUUAACAACAGCAAAGUGGUCUCUUCAUUAUUAAAUCAUGAAACAAAUUUGUUUCCUGGCAUGAUGACCUCACAGGGUUGCUAGUGUGGCUAAAGACUUGCCUGUUUUAUUGUGGGGGUGGAGGAAUGACUGUGAUGUUACUGGUUGUUUUGAAUGCUACCAAUCCACUGCUGUCAGUCUAUUAUUGUUAUAUCUAGGCACAUGUAAAACAGUAUUUAUAUAAACUCAAUUUAGCAAGGCAAACUGGGUGAUGCUGUGUAAGAUACUGUAUAUAACCUAUGUGCUAUCCUUGACUGACAUCAAAUAAUUAGCACUGGGCUCUAGCAUUCAAAAUGCAGUUGAUGCUCACAUUACACUGUGUUGUUUGUACCAAAAUGCUUUAUUAAUUAAUACACAUUUGCAAAUGCUUACCUUUUUUGCUGUCAAAUAUGUGUACACAUAAAAAACAAGGGAACCCUAAAGACUAAUAAGAAUGUGUAGAAAACAAUUUAUUUCAUUUUGACUAUCAUAUAAGAGGAAACCCUUUCUUGACCUAUGCUAAAUAGAAAUGAGACUACAAAGAAACAUUGUCUGGAAGAAAAUGAGUUUUUAUUGGUCACAAUCAUGUAACACAUAGCUGUUUACAAAAAUGGUAGUAAAGAGGGUCUAGCGAAUUUGCUACUACAGGUGUCAAAAGCUGAUUUUGAUUGAACUGAAUGUAAUGAAGUGAUCUUUUGAAUUUGAAGACAUUCCCAUAAAUAUUUUCAUAUAUAAAUCGCGUGUCUCUGUGUUUUAAUUAAGUUAUGUUAUAAAUAAUUCAAGAAUCUGAGGGAAAAACUGCUGCUGUGAUGCCUGAUCAAAGAUCACAGUGGCUAUGCCCAUGUGGGAUAUAAUAAAGCCAUAACACUGACAUCAUGACAUUGGGAUGUGGUGAUCAUUUACAACUAAACAAACAUUGAGUUGCAAGAGAACUGAACAUUUGGUGGUUGGAUUUCAAGUUUUUACACAAAACUGAUUCACCAACAAGAAAAAGACCAUCAAACCAUCGAAUUAAAGAAAAACUCAGAUCUUUGGAAAACAUUCAAUGUGAAGAACAAAGAAUUUGAUUUCAGUUGAGGAUCAGAUCAUGACUAGAUAAACAACAUAACAGCAGUCAACACAAUGACCCACAGAACACAAGACAAAUAUUAAGAGCUUAUGCAAUAACGUGAAAUGUU